UUUGUUCUCUUUGCAGAAUUGCUAUCUUUUGCCUGAAUCUCUUCUUUGAUCGGCAUUGUUGUUUCACCCACGCUCUCACCCCUGGCUGAUAGCUUGCGGCUAGUGCGGUGAAGCUGCGUCAGCUCCAACUUCGUCAUAAUCUUCAACUUUACCAUAACACUGUCCGUCGACUGGAGACAAUGAAGUUCUUCGGUCGUCAGAAACCCUCAAAGAACCCCUUUCGGGAUAAUAGCACAACACUUCUCGUCUCAACACUCCUUCUCGCCGCGCCUAUUACUGUGUUUUUACUCCAUUGCGUAUAUCAGACUUACUAUCGCAGAGGCGCGCACUGGAGUCACAACCAUGACAUUCUUGAAUUAAGCACUCACCACGAGCCGGACGUGUUGUUGUAUGUUGCGUCUUACAGUGGACUUGUCACAACAUUGAAUCUGUCGGUUGCUGAGUAUCGGGAUACGCCUGUGAAACUUGAAACAUUGUCCACAACAGAUGGGUGUGCUGGAAGCCCUUCAUGGCUUACACUCGACUGGUAUAACGGAGUGCUGUAUUGCACUGACGAAGGAAUAAAAGAUGGGAAGCAUGGGUCGUUGGCAUCCUUCGCAACGCAUGAGAACGGUACUUUGACGCCUCUAGCGAAGACUUCUACAGUUCUUGGUCCUGUCAGUGCGGUCAUGUACGGCGAGUGGGAUUACGGGCUGGCAGUAGCCCAUUAUGGAGGUUCGGCAUUUACAACUUGGGACAUUCAAGAUCCGGCAAACCUCACAUCACUCAAUGUCCAACAGUUCAGCAUUCCCGAGCCUGGUCCGGACCCCUCAAGACAGGAGGCAUCCCAUCCCCAUGCUGCAGUCGUUGAUCCGAGCAAACGAUUUGUUCUGGUACCUGACCUGGGAGCAGAUCUGAUUCACAUAUACGGCGUUGGUUUCGGAGAUCUGGGUCUGUCCAAGCUUGAUCCAUUGGUCGUUGCCCCAGGUAGCGGGCCUCGACAUAUUGCCUUUGUAGUCAAGGAGACCAAGACAUUCAUGUACCUUGUCACCGAGCUGGCCAAUACCAUUAUCGGCUAUGAAGUCGUGUAUGGUGGCGAGUUUAUCAGGUUCAAGGAAAUGUGGAACAGUGGUAUCCAUGGAGAAGGCAAAGACGUGCCGCAAGGCGCUGCAGCUGCUGAGAUUGUGGUAUCUCCGGACAGAGAAUUCCUGAUCAUCUCGUCUCGUAAUGAAAGCACUCUCCAAGUUCCAGACUUUGACACCAGUAACGGCACUAUACCAUCUGAUCCUUUAGUCAGUUUCAAAAUUGACUCAGAAACCGGGCAUCUCACUCUCCAACAAGACAUUCCAUGUGGAGGCAGAUUUCCUCGUCACUUCUCUAUCAACAAGGCGGGAACGUUGAUUGCAGUGGCUCUUCAAAGUGAUAGCCGUGUCGUCAUCAUUGAGAGGGAUGCCAAAACUGGAAUCAUGGGUGAUUUCAUCGCCUAUGCAGAGCUAGAAGGCGAAGUUACAGCCGUGAUCUUCUACGAGUGACCAUGAGCUUCGCCCUUUGAAGAAAGAUGCCUCACAGCUUCUUUGUUUCCGUCCGGCGUCAUAAUGUGCAUCCGUCUCUCGGUGUCUCUCGUCCGUGCAACCGACUUUACUGAGAACGAGAGCUUCAUGACGUAUGACCAUCCGUCCCAAGUACCUGAAACUUAUGGGUAUCGUCUUGAAUUCGCAGGACUUGCUCAUAUGCAGAUAAUACCAGUCUU